UGAAGCAAACUAAUCGUUUGAAAAAUGUAUUUUUUAAAAAAAUAUUGAAUGGCCAAAAAUCAAGACAAAUAUAAGAACACUGUUAAUCAAAAAAUUAUGUAGAGAGUAAUUUGGAUGUUUCAUGACCAAUGAAACAAUCUCGCAGCUUGAACGCAGUUUCCAGCUAAAAAGGUUAAAUUUUACAUACCGAUUCCGUUAUUCAUCUUUCUUAUGGACUAUUAUUUAUGCCGUUUUUAUUGUUCAUAUCAAAGCUGUCCACAUAAGAAAUAACAAUUAACAAAAUAUAAUUAUAUGGUCUUUUCAACAGAUUUCAGUUUUGAAACACAUUUUUAAAAGCUAAGCAUCGAGAACAAACCAAAUCCCAAGGCAAAGAACACGAGACAAAUUAUCACAGGAAGGGGAAAAAAUGACGUUUAACAGUGAUAGGUUUAUAAAAACCCUAGCGUGGUUCCUUGUGGUGCACUUCACCGCAUUCUCCUACGCCGGGAGGUCACAUUUCGUCACAACGGAGCUAAACAUCCGUAAUGAAAUGCAAGGCUUGAAACGUCCAGAGAUCGUUUACUUCUGUCAAGCUUUAAACAGUGGCCUUGAAUACGGAUGGAGACGAGCCAAGAAGCCACCAUUGGGCCAUACCCUCCAUGUACUCUUGGAAGGUGGCCAGAAGCUAGAGGAGGAGAUUCACCGCUGCCAUUUCAGGUCCGUGCGCGGUACAGCGGACGUAGAUAUUCGUAUGACCGCGAUAGAUGCCGAGAUGUGUAAUGAUAAAAAGGCAUGUGCAGUUCAUGAGGUUACACCUGAAGGGAUAAUUUUUGAUGGUAAGGAAUGGGAUUUUGAGGAGAGGUAUCCACGGCUGAUACCGAGGAGAUACCUUGAAGCUAAGUGGAAACCUUGGCCAAGACGCAGCGACCGUGUGGCCCAGGGAAGCCCACGUAGGCGCGGGGGUUCACAAUGAUUUUGGUGGCCAAAUGUAUCAUUGGGGU